GUGGAUCUCUCACCUGCAGUCUGGAUCUACAUCAGCAGCAAACCACACACGUCCCUGAAUACAGCCGCCAACAAAUCACCGACCCAUCGCCGACACAUCGCCGAGCACAAUGAGUGCAGAAGGAAAGACAAAUCCCCCUCCCUACUUGAUACCAGUCGAGGGUCAGAACGAUGGAGUGACGGUUUACAAUCUGCACUCACCUUUCACCCCUCCCACCUCGCAGUCGGCCAGUGUCGCCGCUCCAGUGUACACGAGCGGCGGGGGAGGCAGCCUGGGCGCGGGCCCCGAACCCGGGGAUGGCAAAAGAAAGUUUGUGAGCUACGACACUGACCUGGGAGAGAACGCCGGCAUGACCACCUGCACUUCCUGUCAGCAGCAGGUCAUGACCAUUGUCACCUACAAGGCAGGGACGUACGCCUGGCUGAUGUGUUUACUCUUCAUCUGCUGUGGGUUAGUCCUGUGCUGCUGCCUGAUUCCAUUCUUCAUGAAAAACUUCAAGGACGCGUACCACACAUGCCCGCGCUGCAGCCGGAUCCUGCACGUGCACAAGAAGCAGUGCUGCAAAUGACGAGGUCGCAGAAGGUCCCACAGAAAUAAGGAAUGACAUCCUGCUCCGUCUGUCCGUGUUCUCUCUUUUCUAUGAAACCGAAAGGUCACCGCUCAGCUGCAGCUUAUUUCUAUGGAUGAGCAAAAUCUACAAUGAAUGUCUCUCACAUUACACCAUAUUAUUAGUAGCCAGACUCGGAGUGAUCACACUGUCACUUUAAAACACCUCGGGUGAGCAAACCAAACACACCCCAUGCACCUUUAUCUUUGGGAGCCGUUACCUUUUUGUCCCAUUUCCAGUAGAACAUUUUACAUUCUCUAUUUUCCACCUCAGGUAAAAUGAAGGCUUGUACAUAGACUUUAUCGAAUACUUCACGUGUACCUCAGGACUCCCACAGUCCGGAUGUGUACUUGAAGCUAUCGUCACGACUUCUGACUAAACAACAGCAGCGUAAAAACAAGCCAACACAAUAAAUUUGCGUUGAUGUUUUUUUGCAAGUUUGACUCAGAAGUGUAACGCUCCAAAGAAUAAAAUGUGGCUCACUUGUGUUGCAUUCAGAUUUUCUUCUGCCAUUAAUAAACUUGUAUUACUCUAAAGGGAUGAGGGGCAAUCUGAGCGAGCGUGAAGUUCGGGGCAUCUGCAAAUAUCAUUUUCCUGUUUUGUUUCGAUUCUUUGAAGCUUUUCCCCGGACGACGCUUUGUUCACGUGUUUUUUGUUUUUGUUAGAAUGUCGAGAGCAGAGUUAAAGCUAAAGAUGACGUUAUGAUGUGAUGUGUUCAUUGACUGUCAGUGUUGGUGGAGCCGCUCAUCAACACGCGUGUAAAGUGAAACUCUGGAAGGUUUUUGUCCCAAUCUAACGUUGACUCUGAUGAAAGUAUUGCAAUAUUUACACAUUUGCAGUUUUAUGAACUGGCGACGUAAGAAAUGAGUCGAAUCUAAAGAUUGAAUUCAAAUUCACCGUCUUCAACACCCGGUGUCGCCAAAUCUACCAGGACGGAAAAUCUUCUAGAUUUGUCAUUUUAAAAUGCUUUUUGGAUCUUCCUGCAUAAAUGUCUGAUUUUUUUGUCUUUCUGCUUCCUAAAUAUGAUAACAAUGUGAGAACGAGAGAGGAGGGAUAUUGUUGUGAAGGAUGUGACUUCUUUCACGUUGACUGCUGGAGGAAGAGUGGACUAUUGUUAUUUUGACAUUAUUUCUCUAAUAAAAAUAGAAUUAUAUGGAUA